AUGACGGCCUCCCCUGCUGAGUCUGUGAGCAGCCAAGCGACGGAGGGCACCCAGUCAGAGCCGCGGAGGCAUCCUAGCCCAGCUUCGGGACCGACCACGUUACGAAGAGGGGCACCCAAGAGGCCAGAUAGCAGAGCCCGCUACGGCAACCUGAGUCGAGGUUUCCCUGAAAUCGCCAGUCCCGAACCGUCAGACAAAAUUGCUUCCAAGCGCUCCAUCUCCGUCCAGUGCCUGACCUUGUCUCGCUUGCUCCUAACAGGGCUCAGCCCAUCGCCCGGCAAAACCAGGAACCCCGUGCUCCUCUGCAAAGUCUGCGGUGACACCAGCAGUGGGAAGCACUACGGCAUCUACGCCUGCAACGGCUGCAGCGGGUUCUUCAAGCGCAGCGUCCGCAGGAAGCUCAUCUACAGAUGCCAGGCUGGCACAGGGUCGUGCCCAGUGGACAAAGCGCACAGGAACCAAUGCCAAGCCUGUCGGCUGAAGAAAUGCCUCCACGCGGGGAUGAACAAAGAUGCUGUACAAAAUGAACGCCAGCCCCGGAGCACUGCCCAAGUGCGACUUGAUGCUGCCAACCUGGACCCCGCCCGGCCGCCCAGUCACCUGACAACCACGCGGGAUGUGCCCCCACAACCCUGCCCUCCUCUGCAGAGCCCCCGAGCCACUGGCUCCUGUUUGUUGAGCGGGGCUUCCAGAUCCCAGGGAUCGACACCCCCCAGUAACCACCGCUUCAUGGCCAGCCUGAUGACAGCCGAGACCUGUGCCAAGCUGGAGCCCGAGGAUGCAGAUGAGAACAUCGAUGUGACAAGCAACGAGUCGGAGCACGCCGCGGGGGAGCCCCAGCCACCCCUGUACCCGGCCACCGGCACCGAGAGCGUCUACGAAACCUCUGCCCGCCUCCUCUUCAUGGCUGUCAAAUGGGCUAAGAACCUGCCCGUCUUCUCAAACCUGCCCUUCCGAGACCAGGUGAUCUUACUGGAGGAAGCCUGGAGUGAACUCUUCCUUCUCUGUGCCAUUCAGUGGGCACUGCCCCUGGAAAGCUGCCCACUUCUCUCGGUCUCCGAGCUGGCCCCUGCCCUCAACGGCAAGCUGGCGAUGGCCAGCGUGGACGUCCACUCCCUGCAGGAAAUAAUCGGACGCUACAAAGCGAUGGCGGUGGAUCCCACGGAGUUUGCCUGCAUGAAAGCGAUCGUACUCUUCAAGCCAGAAACACGAGGGCUGAAGGAUCCGGAGCAGGUGGAGAAUUUGCAAGAUCAAUCCCAGGUGAUGCUGGGGCAACAUAACCAGAUGCAUUACCCCAGCCAGCCUGUCAGGUUCGGGAAGCUCCUGCUCCUUCUGCCCGCUCUGAAGUUUGUUUCCUCGGACCGGAUCGAGCUGCUUUUUUUCCGCAGAACCAUCGGGAACACCCCCAUGGAGAAGCUGCUCUGUGACAUGUUCAAAAACUGA